AUGACGGAACCAACACCCGCAAUCGAACAGAAACCGCCCACCGCCACCAUCCCCAAGACCAGCAACACCGCCCGCGAGCAAGUGCAUCUCCCGCGCAUCGCAAUCGCAUUCUGCACGCAGUGUCGCUGGAUGCUGCGCGCUGCAUACUUCGCCCAAGAACUCCUCUCCACCUUCAGCACCGACCUUGGCGAAGUUGCCCUCGUGCCCGUGACCGGCGGUGUCUUCACCGUGACGAUCUGGCACGCUUCAUCGCAAAUGCCAACGGGCUCGGGGACGGAGGUUGGACUCGGGCCCGAUACCAAGAUCCUCAAGUCGCUGGUGCGCAAUGUCAUUGCCCCGGAUAGGGACCUGGGACAUACGGAUCGGGCAUUGAAGGAGGAGGCCGCGAAGCAGAGUGACAAAAAAGAAUGCGAGGAUUGCAAGUGA